AUGUCGUUUACAGCAGCAUUUGCAGCGCCGGCAGAUGAAUGGACGAAGAGGUCUAUUUACCAGAUUGUCACAGACAGAUUCGCUUUGGGAAACGGCUCCUCGCCUAGUUGUGAUACGAGCGAGAAGAAGUACUGUGGCGGAAACUGGCAGGGAAUUAUCAGCAAAUUGGAUUACAUCCAGAGCAUGGGCUUUGACGCUAUUUGGAUCUCCCCCGUGGUUGAAAACAUUGAUGGUGCAAUGUCAGGCGACAAGGCUUAUCACGGAUACUGGACGCAGAAUAUCAACUCGCUCAACGCCAACUUUGGGUCGGCCAAUGAUCUGAGAAGCCUUAGUAGUGCUCUCCAUGACAGGGGAAUGUAUCUUAUGGUAGACAUCGUCGUAAAUCACCUCGUCGCCAAUCCCACAUCGGAUAGUCAGCCCCAAACAUUUGACUACUCACUCUUGCAGCCAUUUGGUGGAGCCGAUUGCUUUCACUCUGAAUGCUUCAUUUCCGAUUACAAUAAUCAGACCAACGUCGAGCAAUGUUGGUUAGGCUACUCGGGUCUUCCUCUUCUUGACCUUGAUACGGAAAAUAGCACUACAGUGAACAUUAUGUACAAUUGGAUCAAGAACCUCGUAUCGGAUUAUAGCAUUGACGGACUGCGGGUGGAUACAGUCAAACACGUCCGAAAGGACUUUUGGCCGGAAUUUGCGUCGAGUGCUGGAGUAUAUACCGUUGGUGAAGUUUUGACUGGCGAGGUUGGCUACGCUGCUCCGUACACAGAGGGUCUCGACAGUAUAUUGGACUAUCCGACCUACUUCGCCGUCCAUAAGGCUUUCACCAACGGCGUUUCCGGAAACAUGGCUGCUAUUGCGGAAAUAGUCACUGAAGCUCAGAACCAGUACAAUCACGGCACCUUUUAUGUUGGAUCUUUUGUUGAAAAUCAUGACAAUCCUAGGAUACAGUCAACUGUGUCUGACCAAUCGAUUGUUAAGAAUGUCAUUACCUGGCCAUUCAUCAACGACGGCAUCCCUAUCCUCUAUUACGGGCAAGAACAAGGCUACCAGGGAGGGAAUGACCCCGCUAAUCGUGAAGCACUCUGGCUUUCUGGCUUCGACGAAGAGAACAAGCCUCUUCUUGCUCAGAUCAGAAUCUUGAACGCCGCUCGUAAACAAGCCAUCUCCUACAGCCCGUCAUUUCUGAAUAACCAAGUCACAUUUAUUCCGCAAGCUUCGGCAAGCUCUACGUUGGCUAUUUCCAAGCCGCCCUUACUCGUCCUUCUCACAAACGGAGGCAGUUCCUCCACUGAGUCAUGGAGUAUCCCAGGUUCGGCUGGGUUGUAUAGCCCGAACGAAACUCUUGUGGAUGUAUUGACGUGUGACACGGUGAUAACGGCUUCGGAUGGAAGCUUGAGUGUUACAACGAGCCAGGGAUUGCCAAAAGUCUUGAUGCCUGCAAAGUCAUUGAGUGCGACAGGUUCACUUUGCAGUACUGAGGUGGAGAGAUCGUCUGAAGCCAACAGGGAUUGA